AUGACACUUCAAACCAUACAAACAGCUCGCCUUGUGUGGAAAGACCUCAAGACUUGCCCAAAAGAGUUACACUUGGAUACCUUAAAGUGUGGUCAAAGCUUUCGUUGGCGGCAAACCAAGGAUCUCUGGACUUGCGUAUUACAGGGGAAGCUUUGUGUGUUGCGACAAACGGAUUCCACAGUGUUUUAUGGUGUCCAACCCGAGGAUGAGGAGCAUCAAGUGAAGCAGCUGGAUACAUUGCUGCGUGAUUACUUUCAACUGGAUCGGGUUUCACUGCAAUCGUGUUACAAACGAUGGAGCGACUUGGAUGCAAACUUUAAGGCGAAAGCAAUUCACUUUGCAGGCAUACGUAUGUUGAGGCAGGAUCCAUGGGAAAAUCUCGUUUCUUUUAUAUGCUCUUCCAAUAACAACAUCCCUCGCAUAUCACAAAUGGUUCACAAGCUAUGUAUCCAUUAUGGUUCUCCUAUUUGCGUGGUGGAUGAUAUUGUACAUCAUGAUUUCCCAUCCAUUCAAGCCUUGGCAAAUGAUGGCGUGGAAGAAAAGUUGCGACAGCUGGGAUUCGGAUAUCGGGCAAAGUACAUUGCACAAACAGCAAAACAGAUUCUACAAAAAGAAGGAGACGAACAAUGGCUUUGGAAUUUGAGAAAAACGUCGUAUGCUGAAGCAAAAGCAGCGCUUGUUGAGCUUGCUGGUGUGGGACCCAAGGUGGCUGACUGUGUGUGCCUGAUGUCUCUGGACCACGCUGAAGCUAUACCAGUGGACACACACGUUUGGCAGAUUGCUCUACGAGACUAUGGUUUCAAGAACAAGGGAGGGAAAACAUUGACAGCAAAGUUAUAUGACCAGGUGGCGGAUCACUUUCGAAAAGUCUUUGGUGAUUAUAGUGGAUGGGCUCAUUCGGUAUUGUUUACAGCUGAUUUGCGUGCAUUUGAGGAUCGAAUUCCAAAGGCAAAAGUGAAAGAGGAAAUCGCCACUACAGCUUCUGCUGCUGUCAAAAUAGAACAACAAGAUGAUACAGUGCAAGUGAUCGAGACACAAAAAGUGAUCGACAAUCAACGAAAACGGAAACGCAAUCCCACUUCAUCAUCAUCAUCGCCACCUGCAGCAUCAAUGACUGUGCGACGCAGCACACGGAUCAAGCGUACUUGA